CCCUGCUGUGCUCCCCUGAGCGGCUGAGCCGGCGUUCGCCUUCACUUUGCCCUUCGAUCUCUGAACUCCGACAUUGCCUCCAACUCGCGUUCACUCCCACGCAGUACCCAUCAUUCUCUAUCCUCCAACGAAUUUUGCUCUCAUCCAAAUCCAGCUGUUAUUAGGGUUAGGGUUUCAAACUUGCUCAUAUUAUGCAUAAAAAGCCCCUAGCUCAACACUCGAAUCAGCAAUGUACGGACAACUCCCAUCAAUGAAUGUCACUAAUCGGAUUAGCACCGGAGAAGAUGAAGAUGGCGCUGGCAUUGGCGCGGAAUCCAUUGAUAAUCACAACAUCCAUUACGAAACGCAAGCCCUCGAAGAUGGUAGUGGUGGAGUUGGGGGCGUAGUGGAGGAUGUGAACUCCGAUAACGUAUAUGUUUCUGGCAGUGGUUCUGAAUUGUCCAUCCCUCACGAGGAUCCUAGCCAGCUUACGUUAUCAUUUCGUGGUCAAGUAUAUGUUUUUGACUCUGUUACCCCUGAUAAGGUGCAAGCGGUAUUGUUACUGUUGGGUGGAUCUGAAAUACCACCGGGUUCGCAAUGUGAGGAUAUGGCCCCUCAAAAUGAGAGGGGUGCGAUGGAUUACCCUGGAAGAUGUAGCCAGCCACACCGAGCAGCCUCUUUAAGCAGGUUUCGUCAGAAGAGAAAAGAGCGAUGCUUUGAUAAGAAAGUUAGAUACAGCGUGCGUCAAGAAGUUGCUCUCAGGAUGCACCGUAAUAAGGGUCAAUUUACUUCUUCUAAGAAACAAGAUGGAGCUAAUAGUUUGGGUACAGUCCAAGAGUCAGGCCAGGAUGACAAUCAAUCAGAAACCCUGUGCACACAUUGUGGCACUAGUUCAAAAUCCACCCCAAUGAUGCGGCGUGGGCCAUCUGGACCAAGGUCACUGUGUAAUGCUUGUGGACUUUUUUGGGCAAAUAGGGGUACUUUGAGGGAUUUAUCCAAGAAGAACCACGAACAUUCUCUUGCACCAGCUGAGCAGGUUGAACGGGAUGAUUCACACUGUCGGACCGCCAACCCUGCAUGUAACAAUCUUGGGGCUUUCUGUGAUAAUGAUAAGCCAGCAUAGAUGAUCGUUGAAUUUUCCAGUCAGAGAAUGCCAAUCAUUGGCUAUGGUAAUUUUAGGAUUAUAGUAAUUUAUUCGGUUUGGGCACUAGAAUGUACAGUUAUAGCGUAUGCUCUUAAUCAAUACAAGAGGUUUAUUUCUCCAUGCUUGAUAAUUUGCGCAACCCGUUUAUUCUGGAUGUGUAAACUGAAAGGCUGGGAUUUAUGAUAUCAUGGGGCUUUCAACCA